CACUCCCGUCUUGGCCGCUCCUGGGGGAGAGGAGGAGCCAAUCAUCUCACACGCCUUUGCACCCCCAGCAAGCGGGGGUCGGCGGAUUUUGAUGCGAGCACGGAUCGGAUGGACGGAGAGAACUCGAGGAAGUGGGUGUUUUUCCUUGAUGGUGGUGGCGAGUGCUCAUCGGUAGAGGAAUGCUUGCCCAAGUUGGAGUCGCCCCUCGGUUCGAGCGAUUUCUUCCCGAACAGCAAGUCGGAUCUGCCGAAACUCGCGAGCUGGAAGGAGUCGGUGAACCCAGGAUUCCACAACUGGAAUCGGGUGUUCCUGAUGUACUGCUCCCAGGACCUGUGGACGGGGCAGCACGGCGCGGCGAAGGCUUCGUCGAAAGACCUUCCUCCAGAUGGUGGUCCCCUCCUGCGCUUCCAAGGACACACGAUUCUCAAGGAGGUGCUCGAUUACUUUGACACGGACCUGCAGCACGCCACCGACAUCAUCUUGUCGGGCGAGUCGGCGGGCGGGCUGGGCGUCUUCAACAACAUCGACUACGUGGAGAAGAGGUACAGGGAGUCAGCUGGGAAGGCGAAGAAGCAUCGCACCUCGGUGGUGGCCGCACCCAUUGCGGGAAUGUACUUCUACGCGCAUCCGUUCGAGGGACCAGGACACACGGGCAGUGAUCUGUCCGAUUUCCGCGAGCCCGCUUGGGCUUCACACUACGAGUUCUGGGAUAGCCGAGUGAAUGUUGAGUGCUCGGCGAGGCUGCCACCUCACACCUGUCUCCUCCCGAACAUCACUUUCCCGUUCAUUACCGCGCCAGUCUUCGUUUCGGAGGCGCAGACCGACAAGGUCCAGCUCACCGCACACGAUUGGGUCGACGCGAUUUCGGUGCAGCACCAUGAGCCCCAUGUGAUGGCUUAUUUGGCAGAGUGGCAGAAAAACAUGACUCAGGCCUUGCAUUGCCACGUGCUGGGGAAGUGUUCGAACGGUUGUGAGGCAGGUCAGAGAAGUAUUACCGCGAUUGUGGACCAGCUUCCCAAUAAUGACCUAAUGAGCAUGAAACCAAAGCUCGAGCGCGGCUUUUUCAAUCCAGCUUGCUUUAUCCACACCGAAUUUACUCACGUCGACGGGCCGUGGAUCGGCGACUACAGCUACGCGACGGCGCUCCAAGAGUGGUACUACCAGGACCGCAGCUUUUACUUGGAGGACGGGCCUGAAGUGGGGAUCAUGCAGGGCCAUUGCGCCGCUCAUGGUUAGCUUCUGAGUGCAAGGGUUACCCACCAGGGCGCGACAGUCGGUACGCUUUGAAUGCGCUCAGGCAGAAGCCCUGAGGCUUCGGGGCCCA